GUGACAGCAGGUGUCUUAAGGAAAUACAUCCCAAUGUUUCCACCUGUACCAGGGAUCAAAGCACAGGCCCCAGUGUGUGAGCUGAGUGCGCUAGCAACCGACCUAGGAUAACCCAGAAAAAGUAAAUGGGAGGUGGACAUGAUUAUGUUUGUGACCUCCUGCCAAACAUACACAGUGGGUUACAACUUCCAGCAGAUGUAUCAGAAGUAUAUCUUGUUGUUGGAGAUUACCUCUAUUACCACUAUGGCUGUGAUGGAUUUGAUGAUCGGGGCUGGGGCUGUGGAUAUAGAACACUUAUGACUCUGUGUUCGUGGGUUCGAGGGCAGUUACAAAAGUCACAAGGAUCUUCGAGCAGUUUACGAGCUGUACCUUCCAAUCAUCACAUACAGGAAAUCCUCGUGGAAAUUGGAGAUAAGGAAGAGAACUUUCUAAACUCGAAACAGUGGAUAGGCAGUGUUGAGGUUUGCCAUGUAUUAGACACUAUUUAUAAUGUUCAGUGCAAAAUUAUUCAUACAAGGCGUGGUAAAGAUUUGUGUGAACAUAUAGAUACUUUAUGUGAUCACUUCAAGACCAGAGGAUCCCCAGUCAUGAUGGGUGGAGAUACUGAUGUGUCAUCUAAAGGCAUUGUAGGAGUAUGUAAGGGCUCAACUGAUAAUUACCUUCUUGUUGUGGAUCCUCACUUUUGGGGAGAAGCUACAGAUGCUGCAGCACUACAGUCUAGUGAAUGGGUAAAAUGGCAGCCCCUGACAGAUUUCAACGAAUCCUCGUUCUAUAAUAUGUGUCUUCCACAGUUUACUGCUAGAGAAUUAUUAGAUAAAUGAAGAAAUGUUAAUUAUAAAAUGAAUGUUCAUUGUAGAUUUGAAAUAUUUUACGAAUUUCAAUUCCUCUUAUGCUCUUCUGCAUUUAUUGCUUUCAUUAAAUAUGCCAAGUUAUUUGAAACA